AUGUCCCAGGACCCCCCCCUCCUCCCACCACUCGCCCUCCCAGGCCAACCCCUAGCGCAAUCCCCCCCGUACACCGCCGGCACCGGCACCCACACGCAAAACUCCACAUCGACCAUCACCGCCUCGAUAGCCGGGAUCCCACGCGCGCACACGGACAUGAGCAUCAGCGUGACCCGCCCGACGGCCUCGCACCCGCACUCGCACCCGAACCCGAACCCGAACCCGAACCCGCUCCUCCUACCGGAAGUGGCGAGCGCAGUGCUGGCACGCGUGACGAGGCUGAACCCGCGCCAGGCCACGGUGGAGAUAUUCGCGCUGCAGGCCAACCACGCGGGCGCCGAAAUGGGGGUCUGCGAGCACACCUUCCAGGGCCUCAUACGCGCGCAGGACGUUCGCGCCACCGAGAGGGAUCGUGUCAAGAUUCUGGACUGCUUCAGGGUCGGGGACGUGGUUAGGGCUGUUGUGGUUUUGUUCUUCCUUCCUUCCUUUCUUCUCCGUUUCUCCGUUUUCCUCAUGUUUUGUUUUUUUCAUUCGCUGGCGGGCGGGUGGACGGGAAGUUGUGCAAAAGCUAAUUUGUGUCGCGGAUUCGUGGAUGGUGUAGAUAUCUUUGGGGGAUCAGUCGAAUUAUUAUCUUUCCACCGCUAGUAAUUCUCUAGGGGUUAUUGUUGCGCAUUCUGGUAUGAUAUGCUCUCCUUCCUUCUUUUUCGCCAUUGGGUGGGUGGGUUUCCGCUGGAGUGGGGAGAGGGGCUAAUAUGGGAUGGUGGGGGGGUGGGGAAUUGUGUCACAGAUGCGGGAGAUCCUCUGCACCCCAUUAAUUGGAGGCAGAUGGCGUGCGCGCGCACCGGCAUUGUGGAGGAGAGAAAGGUUGCGAAACCCAUAUGAUUCAUCUCACUCACUUUCUCGGUACAGGUAUCCUACUUUCCUACUUGAGUCGGAUCAGAUUUCGGUGGGGGGGGGGGAGGCUUGUACGAUAUCAUGGCUUUUCCCCCUCUCUGCCCCCCUUUCUCUCUUCCCGGUCAAUGCUGUUUUCACUACUCCUGUGCAAAGGUUUAUUGACGCCGAUUGUGGCGGUGGUGGUGGUAGUGGUAGUGGUGAGGCGGUUACUUAUUACCGGUAUCAUGAUAUCACAACUGGCAACUUCCCGCAAAACAGCAGUGAAUCGCCAACAGGCAUGGUGUAAUAACACUAUUUUUUUUUUUCUCAUCUAAAUACACAAGUAAACACGUUUUUU